AUGACUUUUUCAAGAUAUUUUUGGAGACUAGGCGACCGCAUCGGCAAUAUAAAAACGGCAACAAAGCUGUCGGCUGACGCGAUAAAGUUAGCGACAACCUUUGCACGAUUGGAUGAAUUCCACGCGUUGCAGAAGACGAACGACGCGAUCAAGGCGGUACAGGCGUUCACCGCCGCGGUGCCCGCCGACCCAGCCGGCGAGAAGGAGCCGAAGGUGACCCCCGUCCUCGACGAGCACCAGUGGGAGACGGCCAAGGUCAAGAUUGCCGAGAAGCGCAAGCUGUUCGUGCAGAGCGUCUUCCCGCAAGGCAUCCGCGACGCCAAAGACGCCAAGGACCUCGCCCAACGUCUGCUCCCCGGAGAGCGAAAGCUCAUCUACGACGUGCUGCGCAAGAUCACCAUCGACCAGUACCUCGACGAGAAGCGCGACGGCAACGCCGAGGUGCACGCCGAUGAUAUCGUCAAGAUUUGGUACAUCUACUACAUCCCGGUGACCAUCUUCGGCUUCCUCGACAACGCGAUCCUGAUCACCGUCGGCGAGGAGAUUGACGAACACUUUGGCGUCGUGCUCGGCAUCUCGAUCCUCGCCGCCGCCGGCGUGUCCAACAUCCUCGUCAACCUGCUUGGCAUCGGGCUGCCCCGCAUCAUCGAGCGAUGGGCCGAGGCUUUUGGAUUAGUACGCCCCGUACUCUCGGCCGAGCAGUGGAACAACCGACACGUCCGCGUCGUCGUCACGCUGGCUCGGAUUUGCGGCGUACUGACCGGCUGCACGCUUGGCCUGCUGCCGCUCUUUUUCCUGAACACGGCACAUCGACAGCCGGUCGUUGAGGGAUCGCAAUACGCCGACUCGGAAGCCGACGAAGACGAGUUCAUCGUCGUCGGCGACUCGGCCCCCGAGCAAGCCGACCCCAACGAUGAAGACGCCGUCAAAAUUGACGUGCCAGCGGCGCAGACACGGCCUACAGUCCCAAUGGAAUGCUCGCCGUCGCCC